AAAGUAAAAGGGCGAAUAAGGAGGUUAGCGAGGCAACAAAGAAAUUUCUUCCAUUUAUCACGAGCGUACGAGUCGCGACGAGAGCAACAAGUGUCUGCUCGUUCGAUGAACCUAAUUUUAGCUCCCGAUAUCGAAUUUCAAGGAGAAAAAAAGAAUUCCCUUUGAUCGCGUCGCGGACUAUUUUCAUUCGAGGCACGAGUCGGCAGGUGAAACAAUAAAAACUUUGACUCUCUAUCCCCCCUCUGUCGCGCCACAAUUUUUCCAAGAACAAUGAUGCAACUGCGACACAUAACGUCGCGCUAUCAUCAUCGGCGUAUACAACGAUAAUCAGGUGACGCGGCAAUGAAAUUUUCUCCUUUUUUGAAGAAUCGAUAAGAAGAUCGACGGUCGGUAAGUCGUCCCUUCUUCUCGCGGCGGAGAGAAGGAUGGAAGAAGGGGCGGGGCGUGGAAAAGUAACGCCGCUCGGAGGAAACCAGUUACGUUGGAACGCGAAAAUGCGUAUAAGCGGCGGAACGGACAGCGGCCGACGAUUACAGCGGUCGAAUGGGCGAAACGGCUUCCUUCGAGGGACACCUGUGAAUCCCGCGAAAGUAAAAACGACCCGUACCCCGUCUAAGGACUAAUCUCGUAACGGCGGCUUCUUUUUUCACGAGCUCGGCCGCUUGACACCCGGUAUGCGCAGCCCGGGAGAACGCUUGUAAGUGGCGUGUGUGCCGUGUAAUUACGAAUUCUCGGUAAAGCGGGGAAAACGGGCAACAUACCGUGAGGCGUUUCUCAUUUCCGUUGAAACGUCGAUAUAUAUAUAUAUAUAUAUAUACACGAGUACAAAGGUUCGCGGUCUACCGGUUGUUUAGAACGCGUGUCGUCCGUCGGCUAAUUUGUCCUUAUUCACGUGUUGGAAAUAUUCGAAGUAACAAAUAUAAUAAUCGAAUGCUAUGUAAUUAUAUGUAUCGUAAAUGUAAAUAUUACGCGUGAUAAGGUUUCUCUUCGAGGAGAAUUUUAAGGAAUAAGGUUCAAAUCUCUCGAUUACGAUUACGUGGCGGUUUUAAUUGUGCAAGAUUUUCGAUAAAGUGUGUCCGCCGGCCUUUCUCGGCUCUUUCUCCACUGUCACUUCCGAGAACGCGUAUCAUCGUCUUAAUCAGGAAACUCGUGGCCUGCCUCGGCUGGAUGCGCCUUAACGCUAUUAAUUAAGGGGAGAUUAAUUUCGUUACGUACACCGUGAUCUCGGAACUCUAAUUGAUAACACGACCGUUCUUUGAAGUAUGGUUCGAAGGGCGAGCCUCGAUAAUUUCGUACAUAAUGGAAUUGUUUCACGUCGAUUCGAAUUUAUUACGUUAUCGCGACGCUGUUCUUAUUAUUAUCUUAUCGGUGUUCUUUUGAAAGAAGAGAUUUUUAUCUUGACCGAAGGGAGAAACCGAAGAGUGGAAAAUUUGAUUUUCGAUCGAGCCGGAUUGUUCGAGCGAUGCGAGAAUCUAUUUCUAAGGAAAAAAGUGGAAAAAAGGGGAAAAGAAAAAAAACUGGUUCUACGAGAAAGACUACACUCAUCGUCGGCACGCAUAAAAGUUCCUUCCAUGUGCGGUGGUUGCACACACGUAGAUACGAGUCUGACAUAGAUCAUCCGGUAUAAUCGUUGCCACACGACACGAAACGACUGACCGCAUACUCGAAUUCCCGGAAUGCGAGUCAGCGGCAGCCGCGUGUAAGUGUACGUAACGCGUUGUUCUUACUCGUUGCUGCGAAAUCAGGAACCGGGGUAUGGUAGAUAGAGACGAUCAGCCGCGAAAAAACGGGGAAAGUGUACUGGUUCGGCCGUAGAAUAAAGAAAAAUUGAGUCAAGAAAUUGACAGAGUAUAUAUCUACGCGAUGUAUCGGCAUAUCGGACAUAAACCGAUAUAAAAUAUUCUGUGAGUAAGAAAAUUCUCGAAAGAUCGAUAUUAAUUCGCCGAACGAUAUCGCACUGUCCAAUUACCUCGAACAAAACUUUAUCCUCGAACAAAAAUUAUCUGUCCGCAACGUUGUUAAAUAUACAUACAUACGUUCCAAGUUUAUCGUAUUCGUGGAAAUUCUUGUGUUUUAAUCUAAUUUCUUUCGAAAUCGAUACGUAUUUACAUACGCGAUAUCGUUUCGAAAAAACGAUUAUUCUAUUUUUUCUGAAUCCUUGUCAAAUAUUGCGUCGUCAAAAAAUGCAAAGAUUUCUUGAUUAUUUGUUUAUCUGUAUGUAUACAGAUACGUACAUGUUCUUCGAAUCGAGUAAGUAAAGGUAAAUAAGGCGAGUAACCACUUACAAACGUGUUCUUCCAGGUUUCGAACGAUUUUCUUACGAAAACUUUAUUCUUAUAAAUAAGGAAGUAUAAUGGCGCGUAAAAUAGAAUAUUUUCAAUUAACCUCAACAAAAUUCACAUAAUAUAUUCUGACGUCAAAAAUAGCAUUAAUAAUAUGACCGAGCAAACUAACUGCUCAUGUGAAUAAGUAUUUAAUGAAGUUUGCAUCGAGCGAGAAUCUCGUAAAAAAUGUAUCGAUUUAUCGAUUUAUCGAUUAGUUCCAGAGAUUAACAUGGCAAUAUUUUUCUCUAAAAUUAAGAAUAAAUAUGUAUAUCAAAAAAUGAAAGACAACGAUCGAUUCAAUCGUAAACGAAUGCACGAUAUCUAUCUCGCGUACAACUUUAAAGAUUUCGAAUGUGCAAUAUACAUAUAUAUAUAUAUACGGAGAAAAGAAAGAGAAUCACCAAUAUUUUUGGGGAAAGAAUAGAACUAACGAUUACGUGCGACCGUAGUACGGUCGGUACGGUUCCAUCGAUGAUGUCCGAAGAGAGCCGAAAGCAACCGAACGAGCACGAGGCAACAGGCGGCUCGUUUUAAACCCGUGGUUUACGGGGAGUUUUCAAAGCAGUGAGCUGACAGUAAGCCGUCGGCGUUCGGAGCGUGUGCGUCGUUUGUACGUUUACGCGUCGACAGUUUCUUUUCGGUGAAAAUAUAUAUCGGUUUCGUUACGAUCUACGUUCCAGGUGUCGAUUUUCGUUAUUUUUUCUCUUCUCGGAAACGGCACGCGUUAUUUUAUACGGUUGAAUUUUGAUGUGCGGUAUCGUGAUUAUUGCGAGUGACGUAAGUAUCGGAAAGAUCGUCGAAAAAGUGUCGAAUCACGGGAUUUGUGACCAUUGACCAUUAUACACGCUAUACACAUAUCACGAAUAUAUGAUUGGUUAAAAUUAUUGGUGAUCGUGCAAAUGUUGAAAAAGUUGGCCCUUCCUCUCCUCGCAUAAUCGAGCAGUGAUGUCGAAAAUAGAACGGGAGAAAAAUUAAAAUGGGUUUCGCGGAAGGUGACUGAACGGUUAAACAGUUUAUCGGUUAACGCGAAAAAAACGCGGGACGAGAGCUGUUUGAAAUCCCGAGUAAACACGCAGUAUUCCUGAGCAGACGAAAGUUUAUGUUUGACGACAAACAUCGAGCGAAUCGGUGAAGGUACGUGUACGUAGAUACAGAAGUCCGCGUAUUUGUCCUUUAGACGUUAACGGUGCCGGCUGGAAGAGAUCGGUUUUCCUUUACGGAAAAGUUUAGCCUGGACCGUUGGGACGUAAUUUUCACUCUAGGAAUCCGAUAAUGGAGGUUCUCGGAUUUGAAAAGCGUCGUGUCUAAAAUGUUUUUCCAACGUCUCGGUAAAUUGGUUUUUCGUCGAAAUCUCAAGAUGACGACAUCGUUAAACCGUGGAUUAAUCGUCUUGUCGCUUUUGACUGUUUCGUGUCGGGCCAACGAAUUAAAAGACUACUGUUCGAUACACAAAUUUGACAACUUGCCACCCGGUGGUCUCAGAUUUACGAAAGAAGUCGUGACAACGGAAUAUGCAAAUAUCGGAGCGUUCAAAGCUCUUCAUUGCUGCCUUCGAGGAUACAGAAGCAUCGAAUGGUACAAGGACAACAGGGCUUAUCCUUGGCCAGGUGGCGAGAGCCACUUCAUCCUGUAUCCGGAGAGCGCGAACCAGACGAUUUACGCGCAGAAGGUGAGAGCCUCUGACGCGGGACGAUAUUCCUGUCAGGCGAGGAACGAUACCACCAUCCUCGAAGGGGAUAUCACGCUCGCCGUCCUCGGGGAGAAAUCGAGCGGAUACACGGGGAAACCGCUGCCAACGUACAGGCCAGCCUCGCAGUUGGUUCCGCUGGGAGGAGCUGCGAGAUUGUUUUGCGAGGCGUAUCUCGGGAAGGUGGAGCUGCCGGACGCGAAAAAUUCGGUGACUUGGUCGAAGAGCGACAGCAACGUCACGUUGCCGAGUCACGGAAGGAUCGCCCAGCACAAAGUGUCCAGGGAAAACAAUCAGAUCAUCGGCUCUUACUUGGAGAUCGAGGAUAUCACUCUGGAAGAUUACGGGGAGUACAAAUGCGAAGUUAGCAACGGAGUGGACGAGGAGAUCACGUUACCCGCUCACGUUUAUCAACAAGACGGAAAGGAAAGCGACGCCCUGGUGUGCUACCACGAGAAAGACUCGAACCUGGCCAUCGGCAUAGUUAUACCCACGUUGGAGUCGAGGCAUCGGUACAAGUGCACGUCGCUCGAGCUCUCCCAACUGAAUCAGAAUUGGGCGUUGGAGAUCGGCGCGCACGUCGCCUCGAGCCGAAGGAUCAUCGUGAUCCUGAGUCCAGCCUGCCUGGGGAACGUUUGGAACGAGGCGAGCGUGGGCCCCAUCCUGAACCAGUUAUCGUCGCUCGCGACACGAACGAUAGCGAUCGUGACCAAGGAUUUGCCGAGCGCGACCACGAUCGCGAAACGAUCGAAUCGGGGCUGCAACAACUCGACCGAGCUCUCCCUCGAUCGCCUCAAGAUCCUCCACUGGGACGAGGCGUGGAACACGUCCGGUUCCGGUGACCACAAUAAAUUUUGGUACAAGCUCCGGCUCGCCAUGCCCCCCGUCCGGCCGAUCAGCACCGAAGGUGGCUGCCAGUCGGUCGCCAUGAUCGUCCAAGCGAAUGGAAAGUGCGGACAGCAGAAGGCUCGCUCGCGCGAAAGCCUCGAGGUUCUAGUUUAAGGAAGAUCGAGGAGAAGAUAUGUGUAUUCCUACGUGUAUUCAUCCAUCCAUCCAUCCAUCCAUAUAUACAUACAUCCGCGUUUCUUACUUCCGCUUUUGCGCGAAGAGACGCGGCAUCGUGCCAAACGUUCGAUCGUCGACGCGUUUCCCCCAUUUUUUCGUGUGGAAACGGUAUCGAAUCCUUUCCCGAGAAUCUGGCAUCAUUUUGUCUUUCGUCGAACGUCGAUCGUACGAAUCCAGUGUUUCACGAUGUGUUUCGUUCCCGUCGGCAUAAUGAAACGCGUUGACGCCGCUUCCUCGAGGCGAGUUGUUCUCUCUUCGCGAUGUUCGAAAGAGAGAUUGAAGAGAAGAUUUCGAAAAGUGGGGUCGGGAUUCGAAGUGCGAGAUACGAGUUGGUGGUGUCUAGUGAGCGUAAACGGCAACUUUUCCAGCGAGCGAAACUUUCUUAUCGCGAACGAAAUACGCGCCGUAUUCCGUCUCGUUUUGUAUCCCUCGCUCUCCAACCGUAUAGUCGACAACGAUCCCGUGCGACGCUCGAGGAAAGAGAAAACGGACGACACACGCAGUCUUCCUUCUCGCACGUGUACGUGACACUUCGAAGCGAGCGAAAGAAAGAAAAGAAUCAAGACGUGAGAACAAGUUACAUGAUAAAAUAUUAAAAGAUGAGGAGAGAGAGAGAAACGAGUCUCUUUCUCUCGUUUCUCUCGUCUCCAUAUACGUAUACAUAUAUAUAGCAUCGCUUAUUACAUAGACUUUCUCGUUUUCUAUGUUUUUGUAUAUAUCGAACAAUUCGGGUGCUUCGUUAUUCUUAUUUAUUUACUUAACUAGACCGUAUUAUUUAUAUACCACGUUUACACGUUAAUCGAUCGUUCGAAUGAGAUCAACGAUCGUGUAAAAGUCUAUGUUUUUAGACGUACUUUUCUAAGAGGAUUUUAUGCGCGGUUUUUAGCGAAAAAAAAAAAAUUUACUUAAUCAUAAGACAUAAUGAUAAUAACGCAUAAGUAUUUUAUACUGGUUUGUAUAUAUGUAUGUGUGUGUGUGUGUGUGUGUGUGUGUAAAAGGAUAAGGGAUGCGUGCGCGACUGUAUACAUACGCGUGUAUCUGGUAUGCAUGUGUAUAUAAUAGUUUUUGUAUCUUUCAGAAUAAUCAUGCCUCGAAUGAUCACGAGGCGCUUACAGAAAAUCCUGUAAUUCUAACGAUAGAAGUAACGAUUAUCCGCAACAUAUAACCUAACCGCAUAAUUGUACCUAUUCUAAAUGUUAAACACACGCGCAGAUUCCGCAACGUGAGCUUAAUUUUAAUAUCAUAGUAAUCUCUUUACUGUCAGUAUUACGAUACACUAGUGUACUUGUUUCGCGAGAAUAUGCCUGGACGAUUGAUCCACACGCGUCAAGGGCAAUUGUUGCGAGCCGAGUAUAAGCAGAGUAUAUAUAGACGUUAGGAGGUAUACUUGUUUGUUUAGCGAUAUACAAAAUGACAAAGCGACACCUAUCCUUUAAUCGUUCGUUGUCGCGUUUCUCUCUCUCUUUCUCUCUCUCUCUCUCUCUCUCUCUCUUUCUCUGUCUUUCUUUCUCUCUCUCUCCGUCGCCUGGUUACGAUAAAAGACAAUCGUUCUUAGGAUUUUUUUUAAAGAACAAUAUGGUGAAAAAAUGUGUAUGUAAGUAUAUGUGUAUGGCAUCUCGUUUCCGUUUGAUUGAUCGCACACACUCUGAACAGGAUCGACGAUACAAGGCUCUACACGUACCAAAUAUCAAUCGUCCGUUUCUCUUCGCAUCUUGUCGAUCGAAGAAUAAACGGAAAUUGUUGUCCGAGAAUUCGAUAAUAAAUAGAGAGUAUUUAUAUUUCCAGAAA